AUUCUGUUUUAAUUACAGCGCUAAAGAGAGGAAUGUGCUCAUCUAACAAGAGAGGAAACCCUGAGUUUAGACUGUCACUGAGAAAAGAAAACCUUACAAAUUAGUGAACCAUUUGGUGCAAGUGUGAGGAUUGAUCAGAGAUGGCUUAUGCAGCUGUAGUUUCUCUAUUGCAGAUCCUAGAGCAGGUUCUGAUUUCUGAUCAGCUUCCAAUUCGUUAUCCAAAGUCACAAAUUGAAUUUCUCAUACGCAAGAUCCAUUUCUUUCAAGACAUCCUGGAAAGGAACUUUCCUGCCCAAAGCAGCGACCAAAGUGCAGUAAAUGAUUUGGAAGCGCAAAUCAGAGAUGCAAUACAUAAGGCCGAAGACAUCAUUGAAUCCCACAUGUCGAAGUUCCUCACAUCUGAAAGCGGAAGCUCAAGCUGCGAGAUCUUCUCCAGGGACCUGGAGAAUUUGUUGCAAGAAUUGGAUUCUCUUGUGGAGAUGGCAGCAAAUACGACAGGCCAUCUUACUGAAAUAAGUGGCUUGACGCCUAUUGCUUCAUCAAGAUCUGCUCCCUCUCUUGGUAGAAAGUUUGUGGGACUCAAGGAUGACUUUUUGCAACUGAAGGAUCAACUUAUUGGAGAAUCAUCAAGAAUCAAGGUUGUCGCGGUGGUGGGGAUGGCCGGUAUCGGUAAAACUACUCUGGUUAAGCAAGUCUAUGACGAUCCAUCUAUUGGACAGAUUUUCCAUUACCGGGCAUGGGCCAUAAUGGCUCCAAACUACAGUAAACGAGAUAUCCUUCUUGCCCUUUUAAGGUCUGUGGAUCGCGAUGAUUCAAAGUUUUAUGGAGAGGCCACCGAUGGCCAAUUGACGGAGACGAUAUAUAAGAACUUGAAGGGCAGGAGAUAUCUCAUUGUGUUGGAUGACUUAUGCGUUUUUAGGGCGUGGGAUGAUCUAAAAACUUUGUUUCCAGAUGAUGGCAAUGGAAGCCGAGUCAUGCUGACAACUAGGCUGCGAAAUGUGGCUCUUUACGCAGCUGGAAGCACCAGAAACAUUCAUUAUAUCCGCUUCUUGAGCAAAGAUGAAAGCUGGGAACUGCUCCGUGAUAUUGUUUUUGCUGGAAAAUCAUGCUCUUAUGAACUCGAGAAGAUUGGAAAGGAAAUUGCCGAGAAUUGCCAAGGACUUCCCCUGACGAUUGUCUUCAUUGGUGACAUCCUCUCACGUGCUGCCAAGUCGGUGGAGUACUGGAGGAAAGUAGCAGAUAGCCAAACUUCAUAUGCGACUGAUGGAGACGAUAUCGGCCUGUCGUCAGUAAUGCAAUUUUUGAAUGAUGAGCACUUGCCUCAACAUUUGAAAGCAUGCUUUCUAUAUAUGGGAGCAUUCCCACUAAGUUAUGAGAUCCCUGUCUCAAAGCUCAUCAAACUAUGGGUUUCUGAAGGAUUUCUUAAACCGAUGAGGUCAAAAACCUUGGAAAAGGUGGCUGAGGAGUGCUUGGAAGAGCUUGUUGACAGAAGUCUCGUGUUGGUUCACGACUCAAGGUCCACAAGUGGAAUUAAAACAUGUAGUGUCCAUUCUGCUGUCUGGCAUUUGUGCGUCAGUGCAGCUGAGAAGGACAAGUUUUUCCUUGCUAUUAACAGGUAUAGAAAUGGAAAUCCUCCACAAAGCAACGGCCGUCGCCGGCUUUGCAUCCGCAAGAACAUCCUUUUUGCCAUCAAAGAUGUAUAUAAUUCUGUGGUCUCUGCUUCAACAGCCCGCUCUCUUCUGUGCAUUGGUCCAGACCAUUCACAUCCAUUGCGGGUUUGUAUAGGAUUCACAUUUCUCAGAGUACUCGAUGUCCUUACAAUUCGUUUCUACAAAUUCCCAGAUGGAAUACUGGAACUGGUUCUAUUACGGUAUCUUGCUCUCACCUGUAAAGCAGGAGAUCUUCCGGCCAAAGUGUCCAAGCUCUGCAACCUCCAGUUCUUGAUUGUGCGUCGUCAUAUGAGUAUCAAAUCUUCUGGAGAUCCAUCAUAUCUACCGUUUGAGAUAUGGAAUAUGAAACAAUUACGGCAUAUCCAGUUCAUGGGGGGUGACCUGCCAGAUCCUUGUGGUGCUUCCCUGCCAUAUCUUUUAAGUCUUUCAAAUGUCAGCGGUCACAGUUGCAGCAAACAAGUUUUUAAAGCAACUCCUAAUCUAAUGAAGUUAGGAAUUCGCAUUGAGUUGGCAGAGGACACUGCUACACCCUUAUGUCUUCUUGAUCAUCUUACGCUUCUAAGUCAGCUGGAAUCAUUCAAAUGCGUCAUUGUGAAUCCUACACGUGAAUUUCAGGUUGUUGCUCGGCCUGAUUCCGUUUCAAUUUUCCCAUCUACUCUUAAGAAGAUAACCCUGAGCGGGUGUGGAUUUCCCUGGGAAGAUAUGAAAAUACUAGCUCAGCUGCCCAAUCUUGAAGCGCUAAAAUUGGGUUGCUACGCCUUUCAAGGCCCUGAGUGGGAACUGGACGAGGAGGAUUUCAUCCGCCUCAAAUUCCUGCUUCUGGAAGACAUGGACAUAGCGAACUGGAGAGCCAAUGGUCAGAUACUACACAGGCUUGAGCGCCUAGUCGUUCGACACUGCUACAAUUUGCAGGAGAUCCCUUAUGGUAUUGAUUACAUCACAACACUGCAAUUGGUGGAAGUAGUUGACUGCAGCCCAUCAGUUGUAGAUUCGGCAAUGCGGAUAAAAGAGAUGCAAGAAGACUUGUCAAAUGACGAUUUUAAAUUCUUGAAGGUAUGUUCGUGGGAUGAGAAAACCACUAAGAACUGAUCGACACCUUGGCUCCAACGACAGACAAUCAGGAACACAUAGCUAUCCGGAGAGGAGUUCUUCUCAAAAAAAUCAAGCUUGUUCCAAUAGAUCUCUUCAGCAUGCGGCACUACCAAUCCUGAGUGUUUCACGAUGCUUUAUUGUCUUUUAACAUGUAUAGCAUUUGCAAUGAGUGUCUGUCUUGGGCUAAUAGUCUGUCGAUAAUGGGGUAGAAGAUCUAGUGAUUGUUGAUUUGGUAAUAGUUCGUAUGAUGAAUCCGUUAUUUAUUGAUCAAUAGUUAAUUUAUUUAUAUUAUCUUAA